AUGACUCAAGCGAAGUUCAACCCUUUAAGUUCCAAGAUGUUCGUCUACGUUAUAAGUUCAUCCUUCAUCGUGCUACUUGUGGCAGUCUGUUGUCAGACCCGUAGGACCCGUGUAGAGCCUAGCGAUCAGCAGUUGAUUCUGGACGCCCACAACACGGCUCGGCGUGACGUCACGCCCACGGCCUCCAACAUGCAGUUGAUGACUUGGGACGAGUCUUUAGCAAAUAUUGCCCAGAGAUGGGCGGAAAAUUGUCAUCACGAUCAUGAAAAGCCCGCAAACAGGAGGUGGGAUGUUGGACGUUUUUCAGUGGGUCAGAACAUAGCAUCUAACUAUCCUAGCUGGACAGAUGCCAUCGAAGGAUGGGCAAAGGAGAAGAAGGACUUCACCUACGGCAACAAUCAAAACAAAUCUGUGGGGCACUAUACUAAGAUGGUGUGGGCAGAUACAUCAAAAGUUGGCUGUGGAUCUGCCGUCUGUAAUGUGAACUGCGAGGGCGCCAUAGACGGGCGCCACUGCAAUCUUAUGAUAUGCGAGGAAGAUCCAUACGUACCAUAUGUGUGUCCCAACACGUGCAAGUGGUGCCCACACGCGGACGCGCAAUUCCUCAAGUAA